AUGUCCAGGCUCGUCGACUACUUCGUAAUUGUGGGUUUCGACCACGAAAAAGAAAGGGGUGGUCUGAGCAACGGCGUGAUCCUUCAGCGAUUCCCCGAGACGAACUGGGAAGACACACCCUUCCACGACGGUAUCGAAUGGUUCUGCCAACCGCAAGGAUGGGCGCUCUCCACGGAGCGCUCCGAGCCCCGCUUCUACGUGUCCGUGCUGACGGACGUGGACGCGAACCGCCACUACUGCGCCUGCCUCUGCUUCAACGAGACCGUCGCCAUAACGCCCACGAAGCCCGCCGACGAGGACGAGGAGUCCCUGGACUCAUCGAGGUCGGUGGCCAACAUCACCCACCAUAGCAUCAUGUACGCGCCCAAGUGCCUCGUCAUCGUCUCACGGCAGGACUACAUUGACACCUUUCGGAACUGCCUGGGGAUAAUAUACACGGUGUGGGUGGAGAAUCUGGGCGUGCCGCUGGAGACGCUCGUGGGGAACCUGGUGGGGUGCGUGCUGGUGCCCCCGGCUGGGGGGCCCCAGGUGCGAUUCAGUAUCGGUGCCGGGGACAGGCAGGCGAUCCAGCCACCGGCGGCGCCACCCAUGCCGGUCACCCACACGGCCGUGCACAUGUUGCUGAGAUUGCUGGGCAUCCACAACUCGGUGACGCUGUGGUGCGCGGUGAUGAGCGAGCACAAGGUGCUGCUCGUAUCGCUGGCAGCGGCCCGUCUAUCAGCCGCGUGCCGUGCGCUUGCCGCUCUAAUGUUCCCCUUCCGCUACGCGCACGUGUACAUUCCCCUGCUGCCCGCCGGCCUGGCGGAGGUGCUGGCCACGCCGACGCCCUUCCUCAUCGGCGUCCACUCCAGCCUCAAGGAGGAGGUCACAGAGCUGCUGGACGUGAUCGUGGCCGACCUGGACGUGGGCUCGCUGCACAUCCCGGCCAGCGUGAACAUCCCCCGCCCCGAGGGCAGGCUGCUGGCGUCCCUCCAGGAGGCGCUGGCGCUGGUGCUGCAGCCGGAGCUGCGCUCGGCGGACUCGGCCUUCGCCCCCCCGCCGCCCGCCGCCUCCCCGCCCCACAUGCUAGACAAGGAGAUACGGGCGGUGUUCAUGCGGACGCUCGCCAAACUGCUGCAGGGAUACAGGCAUUGUCUGACGAUGAUCCGCAUCCACCCGUCGCCGGUGCUGACCUUCCACAAGGCGGGGUUCCUCGGCAGCCGGGGGCUGGCCGCGUGCCCCUUCGCCGUGCGCCUGCUCGACUCCAUGUUCUUCAACGGGCUGGUGGCGGAGCGCGGCCCCCCGUGGCGGCCCACGGACAUCUUCGACGAGCUGGUGCAGAACCUGCCUGAGCAGUUGAGGUUGGAGUCAUUGAAUCCGGACCUGGAAUUGCAGCACAUACAAGACUUGGCGAUGCAGUUGCACCUGAAUGAAAAUCCCAACCCUCAGGUGGUGUCGCAGGCGUACCAGCAGCGCGUGCUGCGGCCGCCGCUGGGCGCGGAGGCGCGCAUCCACCAGCCGCCGCUGCCGCCGCUAGACGCGGCGCGCGUGCGCGACGUCAUACGCGACGUGGCGCAGCGGAGCGCGCCCAACGCCAAGCUGACUGCCUUGAGGCCGCCCCAGGCGCGGAUAGUUCCGCCGGCAGCGCCGCCCACGGGGGGCGAGGAGCCAGGUCAGAUGCUCCUCACCAAUUCGGCGCGACGUCUGGAGGUGCUGCGCGCGUGCGUGGCGGCGCUGUUCGAGGGGCGGUACGCGGACGCGCGCAAGUCGUUCCCGGCGGUGCUGCGCGCGCUGCGUGCGCCGGCCGCGCGCGCCGCGCUCGUGCGCGACCUCGCCGCGCGCCUGCCCACCAACAAGCAGCUGCUGCAGCACCACCAGUUCGAGCUGCUCGUCAGG